AUGGCCGAGUUCCAAGCCAUUAUUUUAGCUGGUGGCCGCGGCAUUCGUCUGUACCCGCUGACGGAGGAGACGCCCAAGACACUGCUACCUGCCAAUGGCAAGCCGCUCCUCUGGUACCAGCUACACCUGCUCGAGACGUCGAACUUCACCGAAGUGCUCGUGCUCACGGUCUCGGACUUCCUACCGGCCAUCCAGGACUAUGUCACGCGCGAGUUUGACGGGAAGCUCCACGUGGAGCUGUGUGAAGUAACCGAGAACACCGAGACCGCCGAGGCGCUGCGUGAAGUAGCGGACAAGAUCAAGCGCGACUUUAUCGUGCUGGCCGGCGACCUCAUCACGGACGUAGUGCUCCACAACGUGGCGGACUUUCACCGGAUGAACGACGCGAGCGUCACGAUGGUCCUUCGCCAAGACGCCCCCUUGCGGCCCAGCAAGAAGACGGAGAAAGCGCGUCGCGACAAGGACAUGACUGACUGUAUUGCACUGGUCGAGUGCGAGCGGCACGAAGAGAACCGCGUCGUGCUGGUGUCGCAAGCGGUGCACAUGAACGAGCACGUGGACGUGGCCAAGAGUCUGCUCCAGCGGCGCAGCCACUUUGUGCUGCAUACGGACCUGUACGACGGCCACUUUUACAUCUUUUCGCACUGGGUGCUCGACUUGCUGCAGGAGAAAAAGUACAUUGCGAGCAUCAAAGCAGACCUCGUGCCGCACCUCGUGCGACGUCAGUUUCGAGGAGCGCACGUGUUGCCCCCGAGCGUGCGGGACAAAGCAACGAGGAAACAGGAACUCGCCGCGUCCAUGUCGUUGGCGGAAGAGCAGCACGACCCCGAGGACCUCGUGCGCUGCUUUGCGUACGUGCUGCCUAUGAACGCCUACUGCGAGCGGGCAGACACGAUUCCGGCGUACCGAGCCAUGGACGAAGAAGUCGGCUCGCGUCUGCGCAUCCAGCGGUCGAGUUCCAUUUCCAACUAG